CAGGGAAAAGGAGAGAGAAAGGGCCAAGGAGAAAGAAAGGGAGAAAGGUAGGGAGAAACAUAAGGAUAGAGAGAAGGAGAGGGAAAGUGAGAGGGAUAGGGAUAGAGAGAAGGCGGACAAAAGCAAAGAUAAGGGAAGGGAGAUGGACACAGAUAAAGACAAGUCAAGAGAAAGAGAGAGAACAAGCAAGAAGGCACGUGAAGAACAUUAUGGUAGGAACAGUAGUGAUAAGCUUAAAUUGGAUUAUGAAGAUAAUAGGGAUAGGGAUGCUAACAAGCAAGGAAAGGUUUCUUUUGAUGACAAGGGUGAACAAGAUGAUGAGGAUGCAUCAGGUAAAGGACAUGCAUCAUCAUUGGACCUUGAGGAGCGCAUUUUGAAGAUGAAAGAAGAAAGAGUAAAGAAAAAGUCUGAAGGUGCUUCUGAGGUUUUAUCAUGGGUUAGUAGGAGCCGAAAGCUAGAGGAGAAUAAGAAUUCUGAAAAGGAGAAAGCCUUGCAGUUUUCCAAGAUGUUUGAGGAGCGGGACAAUAUUGUUCAAGGAGAAGGAGAAGGUGAAGAUGAGGAUGCAGGGCAUCAAAAUACUCAUGAUCUAGCGGGAAUUAAAGUACUUCAUGGUCUUGAUAAAGUAAUGGAAGGUGGAGCCGUUGUUUUGACUCUUAAGGAUCAGAAUAUACUUUCUUCUGGUGACAUUAAUGAAGAGAUAGAUAUGCUCGAAAAUGUUGAAAUUGGUGAGCAGAAGCGGCGAAAUGAGGCUUACAAGGCUGCAAAGAAGAAAACAGGAAUCUAUGAUGAUAAGUUCAAUGAUGAUCCUAGCUCAGAGAAGAAGAUACUUCCGCAGUAUGAUGACCCAAAAGCGGAGGAGGGAGUAACUCUGGAUGCAAGGGGACGUUUCACUGGUGAAGCAGAGAAGAAACUUGAAGAGCUUCGAAAAAGGAUACAGGGUGUUUCAACAAGUAACCGCUUUGAAGAUCUCAACUCGUCUGCAAAGUUCUCAUCAGACUACUAUACUCAAGAAGAAAUGGUUAAAUUUAAGAAGCCUAAAAAAAAGAAAGUGAUAAGGAAGAAAGAGAAGCUGGAUUUAGAUGCUCUUGAAGCAGAAGCAGUCUCUGCAGGUUUGGGUGCUGGGGAUCUUGGUUCUCGGAAGGAUGGGAGAAGGCAGGCCAUCAGAGAGGAGCAAGAGAGAACUGAGGCUGAAAUGAGGAAUAGUGCAUAUCAAUCAGCUCUUGCCAAAGCAGAUGAGGCAACUAAAUCACUGAGACUAGAACAACCUCUUCCUGUAACAUUGGAGGAAGAUGAAAAUCCUGUUAUUGUUGAUGAUGAGGAGGAUUUAUAUAAAUCCUUAGAAAGAGCAAGAAAAUUAGCUCUUAAAAAGCAAGAGGAGACAGCAUCUGGUCCUCAAGCAAUUGCACUCCGUGCCACCACCACUACCAGCAAUCAAGCUGUUGAGGAUCAAAACCCUACUAGUGGGGAGUCACAAGAAAACAAAGUUGUCUUUACUGAGAUGGAAGAGUUUGUGUGGGGUCUCCAGCUUGAUGAAGAAGCUCAGAAGCCUGAGCAUGAAGAUGUUUUCAUGGAUGAAGAUGAAGCCCCAAGAGCUUCUGAAGAAGAAAUAAGAGACGAACCCAGUGGGUGGACGGAGGUCAAAGAGACUGAUGCAGAUGAAAAGCCAGCUGAUGAAGAUAAGGAGGAAAUAGUUCCAGAUGAAACCAUUCAUGAAGUUGCAGUUGGGAAAGGAUUAUCAGGUGCGCUUAAGCUGCUUAAGGACCGUGGAACCCUUAAAGAAAGUAUUGAUUGGGGUGGCAGGAACAUGGACAAGAAAAAGAGCAAGCUUGUUGGCAUUGUUGAUGACAAUGCAGAGACUGAUAAUAGGUUUAAGGAUAUUCGCAUUGAAAGAACAGAUGAAUUUGGGAGAAUUAUGACUCCCAAGGAGGCCUUUAGGAUGAUUUCUCACAAAUUCCAUGGGAAGGGGCCCGGAAAAAUGAAGCAAGAGAAACGCAUGAAGCAAUACCAAGAAGAGUUGAAGUUAAAGCAAAUGAAAAAUUCUGAUACACCGUCUCUUUCUGUGGAGAGGAUGAGGGAAACUCAAGCUCGGUUACAAACACCCUAUCUUGUCCUGAGUGGUCAUGUAAAACCAGGGCAAACCAGUGAUCCUAGAAGUGGUUUUGCUACCGUUGAAAAAGAUCUCUCAGGUGGCUUAACACCCAUGCUUGGCAAUAGAAAGGUCGAGCAUUUCUUGGGGAUAAAGCGCAAGGCCGAGCCGGGGAAUACUGAAUCACCAAAGAAACCUAAAACUUGAAAUACACGCAGUCUACUGUCAGUAUCUAAUGCAAUUUCAGUAAUUUUCUUGAAAGAAAUUGCUAGUUAACUGAUUCUUAAGGUCUCGAUGGAUUUCAACCUAUUAGUUGUAACCAGGUUUUUCUGGAAAUGGCAGAAGAAUGCUGAUCUGAGUUGUUUGUCUGGUCAGCCAUUUGUUUCUGCUCUUGACUUUAAACAAUGUUCACUUGUUAUCGGAAAUUAAAUGUUCAAAUUUUGGUUGGUGGAACUUAAAAAUUGCUUAAGAGGAUAUAGUUAUCUUAUUUUGCUCUAACAUAAGUUGAAUCUUUGGUACCAUAGACUGGCACU